CGUGUGUGGGAGCAGGUCGAGGUCUGGCUGGGAUGCCGCUGCGCGAUGGCUGCUUUCGGGAUCCUGAGCUACGAGCACCGGCCACUAAAGCGUCCGCGGCUCGGGCCCCCGGACGUUUAUCCCCAAGAUCCGAAGCAGAAAGAGGAUGAGUUGACGGCUCUGAAUGUCAAGCAGGGCUUCAACAAUCAGCCAGCCGUGUCUGGCGAUGAACAUGGCAGUGCCAGAAAUGUCAACUUCAACCCCUCAAAGAUCAGCUCAAACUUCAGCAGCAUCAUUGCAGAGAAGCUGCGAUACAACACUUUUCCAGACACAGGGAAGCGUAAGCCACAGGUCAACCAGAAGGAUAAUUUCUGGCUCGUCACAGCGCGAUCACAGAGCUCUAUCAACAACUGGUUCACGGAUUUAGCUGGGACAAAACCUCUAACACAGCUAGCUAAAAAGGUACCUAUCUUUAGCAAAAAGGAGGAAGUUUUUGGAUACUUGGCUAAGUACUCGGUCCCUGUCAUGCGUUCAGCAUGGAUGAUCAAGAUGACGUGCGCGUAUCACGCAGCUAUCACUGAAACUAAAGUCAAGAAGAGGCACGUGAUUGAUCCUUGUAUAGAAUGGACCCAGAUCAUUACUAAAUACCUUUGGGAGCAGCUUCAGAAGGUGGCAGAGUUUUACAGGCAGUAUCCCAGUCAAGGCUGCAGCUCGCCCCUACCAGCCAUGCCCGCUGACGUGGAGACGGCCAUGAAGCAGUGGGAGUACAACGAGAAGCUCGCCAUGUUCAUGUUCCAGGAUGGUAUGUUAGACAGACAUGAGUUCCUAACGUGGGUGCUGGAGUGUUUUGAGAAGGUCCGACCUGGUGAAGAUGAGCUCCUCAGACUUCUCCUGCCCCUAUUACUUCAGUACUCAGGGGAAUUUGUACAGUCUGCUUACUUGUCACGAAGACUGGCUUACUUCUGCACACGCCGUCUCAACCUGUUGCUAAGUGACGGGAGCCUGGGGCCCGGCGCAGUAGGGCAUCAGAGCCAUAGCAUCUUGACACAACAAGGCAACGCUCUUCCCCCCACCCCGACCUCCCAGCCUGCAGGAGGGAACCAGCCGCAGACAGCUUUCACAGACUUCUACAUUUGCCCGCAGCACAGGCCUCUGGUGUUUGGCCUCAGCUGCAUGUUACAGAGCAUUGUGCUGUGCUGUCCCAGUGCUCUGGUGUGGCACUACUCUCUAACAGACAGCAGAAACAAGACCGGUUCUCCUCUGGACCUGCUUCCCAUCGCUCCCUCCAGCUUGCCCAUGCCAGGAGGCAAUACCCCCUUUACACAGCAGGUUCGUGCAAAGUUACGAGAAAUUGAGGAGCAGGUUAAAGAGCGAGGCCAGGCAGUAGAGUUCAGGUGGUCAUUUGAUAAGUGUCAAGAGACAACAGCAGGGUUUACCAUUGGAAGGGUUCUCCACACUCUGGAGGUUUUGGACAACCACAGCUUUGAGAAGUCUGACUUUAACAACUCAUUAGAUUCACUGUACAACAGGAUAUUUGGCUCAGGCCAGAGUAAAGAUGGUCACGAGAUGUCACCUGAUGAUGAUGCUGUGGUGACCUUGCUGUGUGAGUGGGCCGUGUGCUGUAAGCGUUCUGGCAGACACCGGGCCAUGGUGGUUGCCAAGCUGCUGGAGAAGAGACAGGCUGAAAUAGAAGCGGAGAGGUGUGGUGAGUCGGAGGUGGUGGAUGAGAAGGGCUCUGUGUCUUCCGGCUCCCUCUCAGCAGCCACGCUUCCAGUCUUCCAGGAUGUGCUGCUGCAGUUUCUCGACACGCAGGCCCCCACACUUACGGAGCCGGGGAAUGAAAGCGAACGUGUAGAAUUCUCCAACCUGGUCCUUCUCUUCUGCGAGCUCAUCCGUCAUGAUGUCUUUUCACACAAUAUCUACAUGUGUACGCUGAUUUCCCGUGGCGACCUGGCUUCUGACUCCCACCUGCCGCGCCCGCGUUCCCCCAGCGAUGAGCCGUCUGAUGAAUCGGAGCGCAAGGAGCAGGAUGCGGGAAGCGGUGUCAAAAUGGAGGAUACUGGCCUCUCUGAGUCGAUGGAAAUUGAUCACAACUCCAGUGCUAAUUUUGAUGAGAUGUUUUCUCCUCCGAUGCACUGCGAGUCCAAGGGGAGCCCUUCUCCAGAGAAAUCUGCUCCAGAGCAGGACAGCAAGGCCGGCUGUAAGGACAAGAGCAUGGACCCUGCCUUCCCUCAAGUGUACGAGCAACCCCGACACAUCCAGUACGCCACUCACUUCCCUAUUCCACAGGAGGAAAGUGCCAGCCAUGAAUGCAACCAGCGUCUAGUCGUCCUCUAUGGUGUGGGAAAGCUGAGAGACGAGGCGCGGCACACCAUCAAGAAAAUUACCAAAGACAUCUUGAAAGUGCUCAACCGCAAAAGUACAGCAGAAACAGGAGGGGAGGAAGGCCAAAAGAGGAAGAGGAGUAAGCCAGAGGCUUUUCCCACUGCAGAGGAUAUUUUCUCCAAGUUCCAGCACCUCUCCCACUUUGACCAGCACCAGGUCACCUCCCAGGUGUCCAGAAAUGUUCUGGAUCAGAUCACCAACUUUGCCUUAGGGAUGUCCUAUCACCUGCCUCUCGUCCAGCACAUUCAGUUCAUCUUUGACCUCAUGGAGUACUCCCUCAACAUUAGUGGCCUCAUAGACUUUGCCAUUCAGCUUCUGUGCGAGCUGAGCCUGGUGGAGGCCGAGCUGCUGCUGAAGUCGUCCAGCCUGGUGGGCAGCUACACCACCAGCCUGUGUCUGUGUAUCGUAGCCGUCCUGAGGAGAUACCACUCCUGCCUCAUCCUCAAUCCGGAGCAGACGGCACAAGUUUUUGAUGGGCUGCGUAUUGUGGUUAAGUCCGGUGUGAACCCGGCAGACUGUUCCUCGGCUGAGCGCUGUAUCCUGGCCUACCUGUACGACCUCUACACCUCCUGCAGUCACCUCAAGAACAAGUUUGGAGAGAUCUUUAGUGAAUUCUGCUCCAAAGUGAAAAACUCUAUCUACUGCAAUAUCGAUCCAUCGGACUCUAACAUGCUUUGGGAUCCCGUGUUCAUGAUGGAAGCCAUCGCCAACCCCUCAGCCCUCAACUUCAACCACUCCAUGGUGGGCAAAAUCCUCAAUGACAGCCCGGCCAACCGCUACAGCUUUGUGUGUAAUGUGCUCAUGGAUGUUUGUGUGGACCACAGAGAUCCUGAGAGGGUGAACGAUAUCGGGAUCCUGUGUGCGGAGCUGACGGCGUAUUGCCGCUCCCUCAGCGCAGAGUGGCUCGGCAUUCUCAAGGCCCUUUGCUGCUCUUCAAACAAUGGCAACUGUGGCUUCAAUGACCUGCUGUGUAACGUAGACGUUAGCGAUUUGUCAUUCCACGAUUCCCUGGCAACAUUUGUAGCCAUUCUCAUCGCUAGACAGUGUUUGCUCCUAGAAGACCUGGUGCGCUGUGUGGCCAUCCCCUCCCUUCUCAAUGCAGCCUGCAGUGAACAAGACUCUGAACCAGGAGCCAGACUCACUUGUCGAAUUCUGUUGCACCUUUUUAAGACGCCACAGCGCAACCCGGUCCCCCAGGAUGGUGUAAAGUCAGACAAAUCCCCAGUUGGUAUCCGGUCUUCCUGCGAUCGCCACCUUCUUGCUGCUUCACAGAACAGCAUAGUUGUUGGAGCAGUAUUUGCUGUCCUCAAAGCUGUUUUUAUGCUGGGUGACGCUGAGCUAAGGGGCUCGGGUCUGUCUCACCCUGCUGGUCUCGACGACAUAUCUGAGGGACGCAAUGUCUCCAUAGAAACAGCUAGUUUGGAUGUGUAUGCAAAAUAUGUUCUGAAGACAAUCUGCCAGCAGGAGUGGGUUGGCGAGCGCUGCCUGAAGUCUCUGUCUGAGGACAGCAGCGCCCUGCAGGACCCCGUACUGGUGAACAUCCAGGCCCAGCGACUGCUGCAGCUUAUCUGCUAUCCUCACCGGCAGCUGGACAGUGAUGAAGGUGACAACCCUCAGAGGCAGCGGAUCAAACGUAUCCUUCAGAAUAUGGACCAAUGGACAAUGAGACAGUCCUCUCUGGAGCUUCAGCUGAUGAUCAAACAGAGCACCAACAAUGAGUUGUACUCUCUCCUGGAAAACAUAGCAAAAGCCACUAUAGAGGUUUUUCAGAAAUCAGCUGAGAUGAACUCGAGUAACCCCUCAGGGAAUGGAGUGGCAGUCCAAGGGAGCUCUGCGUCCAAUAACAACAGCACUACAAGCAAGAUGAAACCUAUUUUAAGCUCAUCUGAGCGAUCAGGAGUUUGGCUGGUGGCUCCGUUGAUAGCAAAGCUCCCCACGUCAGUUCAGGGUCACGUACUGAAGGCAGCCGGAGAAGAGCUGGAAAAGGGUCAGCAUCUCGGGUCUUCAUCGCGCAAGGAGAGAGACAGGCAGAAACAAAAAAGCAUGUCUCUCCUGAGCCAGCAGCCUUUCCUGUCUUUGGUGCUGACCUGCCUGAAGGGGCAGGACGAGCAGAGGGAAGGCCUGCUCACCUCCCUCUACAGCCAAGUGCAGCAGAUCGUCACCAACUGGAGAGAGGACCAGUACCAGGACGACUGCAAAGCCAAGCAGAUGAUGCACGAGGCCUUGAAACUACGACUGAAUCUUGUUGGGGGCAUGUUUGACACGGUCCAACGCAGCACCCAGCAGACGACCGAGUGGGCCGUACUUCUCCUUGACAUCAUCAGCAGUGGCACAGUGGACAUGCAGUCCAAUAACGAACUCUUCACAACGGUGCUGGACAUGCUGAGUGUGCUGAUAAAUGGCACACUAGCUGCUGACAUGUCCAGCAUCUCUCAGGGCAGCAUGGAGGAGAACAAGAGGGCGUACAUGAACCUGGUCAAGAAGCUCAGGAAAGAGCUUGGAGAUCGGCAGUCAGAAAGUUUGGAAAAGGUCCGCCAGCUUCUGCCGCUGCCCAAGCAGACCCGUGAUGUCAUAACCUGUGAACCUCAAGGGUCGCUUAUAGACACAAAAGGGAACAAGAUCGCCGGCUUUGAGAAGGAGGGUCUUCAAGUAUCAACCAAGCAGAAGAUUUCUCCGUGGGACGUGUUUGAGGGCCUGAAGCACUCGGCCCCGCUCUCCUGGGGCUGGUUCGGAACGGUGCGCGUGGACCGCAAAAUUACUAAAUUUGAAGAGCAGCAGCGGUUCCUGCUGUACCACACCCACCUGAAGCCCAAGCCUCGUAGUUACUAUCUGGAGCCGCUCCCGCUCCCUCCUGAGGAGGAGGAGCCUCUGACGCCCAUCUCCCAGGAGCCAGAGAAGAAACUGUUGGAGCAGACGAAACCGGACAAGGCGGUUCCACCUGUUCCCUCCGAGACAAGCAAGAAGAAAAAUUGCAAGAAAAAGAAAGCUCAGUCUACCAAGACGGAGGAUUUUAACCGUACAGCAGGCGGUGUGAGCUACGGUACUAAUUUGGCACCAGAAAUGAUGCAGAAUCAUCCAUAUGGGAGGCUACAAUACAACCAACAACCCAUGGGCAUGUACACACAGAACCAGCCUCUUCCUCCAGGAGGUCCAGGAUUAGAACCUCAGUACAGACCUCCCCGCAACCCACCAAUGAGCAAAAUGAUGCCUGCUCGGACCAACUACCCCGGCAUGAUGCCUGCCAUGCAGGCAAACAUGUCUGGUAUGAUGCUGGACAAGCAAUACCAAAUGGCUUAUAAGCCCCAGCCGACCAUGCCUCAGGGCCAGAUACUGCGACAGCAGUUACAGGUCAGACUGCAGAACCAGGGUCUAAUGGGCCAGCAAAUGAGACAGAUAACGCCUAACCAACCGUACACUUCAAUGCAAGCAUCACAGGGCUUAUCUCAGGGCUAUACCACAUAUGGGUCGCACAUGCAGCAGCAUCCUGCCCAGGGCGGUGGUAUAGUUCCCCCCGCCUACGGGAACCAAAACUUCCAGGGCACGCAUCCUGGAGCCAACCCUGCAGUGGUGGAUCCUCUUCGGCAAAUGCAGCAGAGGCCCAGCGGUUACGUUCACCAGCAGGCUCCAGGCUAUGCACACAAUAUGCAGAACGCACAGAGAUUUACCCACCAGCCCAUCCAGCAGAACCCUAUCAUGCAUGGUCUCAGUCACAUGGGAGGCCAAGCAGUCCAUCCAGGUUUGAGGCCCAACCAGAUGCUGACAGAGCAGCAGCAGCAGCAGCAGCAGCAGCAACUAGCAGCACAGCAACAGCAGCAGUACCUCAGACAGCACGUACACAGACAUCAACAGGCACAAGUUCAACAACAACAGCAGCAGCAGCAGGCUCAAGUUCAGCAGCAACAACAACAGCAGCAGCAGCAGCAACAGCAGCAGCAGCAACAACAACAGCAACAACAGCAACAACAGCAGCAGCAGCAGCAGCAACAGCAGGUUCAACAGCAGCAGAUUCCUUCUCAACAACAAGUGGCCCAGCAGCAGCAGCAGCAACAGCAGCAGCAGCAGCAGCAGCAGGUGUCGGCGGUGGCUCCUCCGGGCCAGGCUCAGAACCCGGGCCUGGGCAUGCAGCCGCUGCCCCCUCAGCAACCCAUGUUCCCACGACAGGGAAUGCAGCAGACUCAGCAGCAGCAGCAGACUGCAGCUCUGGUCAGGCAGUUGCAACAACAACUUUCAAACACACAACCAGGACAGGGCACCAAUUCAUAUUACUGAUCAUCUUUGUUUAUAGUAGUGUGCAGAUUUUUUUUGGGGUGGGGGUGUGGGUGGGGGGGGGUUCUCUUCUGUAAAAUACAGUGGUAGGAGACUGAAGAACCACGUCACAGCUUUGAUCACCGAGGCAACAGAGGACACGGCUGUAAUUAUGAAAGGACGCCUCAUCUGAAGUAAACACUUAAUGGUUAAUGAUGGAAAAGUCUAUGUUUAAAAAAAAAAAAGAGAGAGAAAAAACACAAAUUAUAAGAAUAAUGCAAUUUCUGUUUUUAUUUUUUAAUUUUAUUUCAAUUUAUACAGUUUUUUCAGUUUUGUGUAUUUCUCAUUAAAAGAAAACAUGUCAGUUUUUA